CGAUGAACUCUUAUCAUGGAACAUCAGUGUACCAAUUUUCAUUGUUAGAGGACCCACCAUAAGCAAGUUAUAGGCACAAACACAUUUUACAAGUUUUUAUUGCCUGAGGCUGUUUGUUGUUGUUUACAAACUUGUAAUGUUUACAUUUUGAUACUAAUGAUGGGUUGUAUAUGUGUACAAAGUUUUAUCACUCUGGGUAUUAGCUUUACCCAGUUAGCACACUUUAUUUGUCUCUAUAAUAAUGUAUUGCCUGGGGCUAUUUGUUGUUGUUUACAUGUAAACAAAAUUGUUUACGAAGAAAUA